UUCAGGCUGAGUUGUCUUGAUGAUUAGAACUUAGGCUCCAAGGAGAAGCCCCAAGGCCAAGGGGAUCAAACUUAUCAACCAGUGGGAGCCUUGCUGACCUCUGGAGAAUGUGGGCCGGAUAUAAGAUCUUAAUCCUUGCUUAUCUCACCACAGAAAUUUGGAUGGAGAGGCAGUAUUUAUCACAACGAGAAGUGGACCCAGGAGCUGAGUUCGCUAGGAAUCACACCAUUUCGGAAGGUACUCGAUUCAAAAGAGCCAUUUUCGAAGGGCAGUACUGUCGAAGUUUUGGUUGCUGUGAAGACAGAGAUGAUGGCUGUGUAACUCAGUUCUAUGAGGCGGAUGCGCUGUGUUACUGUGAUAAAUUCUGUGAAAGGGAAAAUUCUGAUUGCUGUCCUGAUUACAAGUCAUUUUGCCGUGAAGAAAAGGGAUGGCCUCUUCGCACAAAGCCUUGGUCCCCAGAAGGUUGCCACAGAGAUGGUCAACAUUAUGAAGAAGGAUCAGUAAUUAAAGAAAACUGCAAUUCCUGCACAUGCUCAGGACAGCAGUGGAAAUGCUCCCAGCAUGCAUGCCUUGUUCAACCAGGAUUAAUUGAACAUGUCAAUAAAGGAGACUAUGGAUGGACAGCCCAGAACUAUAGCCAGUUCUGGGGAAUGACAUUAGAGGAAGGUUUCAAAUACCGCCUUGGCACCUUACCACCCAGCCCCCUGCUUCUAAGCAUGAACGAAGUGACCGCUUCUUUAGCUGAAACGACUGAUCUUCCAGAAUUCUUUAUUGCAUCUUACAAAUGGCCUGGAUGGACCCAUGGCCCUUUGGACCAAAAAAACUGUGCUGCAUCCUGGGCUUUUUCCACUGCAAGUGUGGCAGCUGACCGCAUAGCAAUUCAGUCCCAAGGUCGAUACACCGCCAACCUAUCCCCUCAGAAUUUGAUCUCUUGCUGUGCCAAGAAGCGCCAUGGAUGCAACAGCGGAAGUGUUGAUAGGGCUUGGUGGUACCUGAGAAAACGUGGACUGGUAUCCCAUGCGUGCUAUCCACUUUUCAAGGACCAAAAUGCUACCAACAAUGGCUGCGCCAUGGCAAGUAGGUCUGAUGGACGGGGAAAACGGCAUGCCACCACGCCAUGUCCCAACAGCAUUGAGAAAUCCAAUAGGAUCUACCAGUGUUCUCCUCCAUAUAGGGUCUCUUCCAAUGAAACUGAGAUCAUGAGAGAAAUCAUGCAAAAUGGACCAGUUCAAGCUAUAAUGCAAGUUCAUGAGGAUUUCUUCAAUUAUAAGACAGGGAUAUAUAGACACAUUACCAGCACAAAUGAAGACUCAGAAAAAUAUCGAAAGUUUCGGACACAUGCAGUCAAACUCACAGGAUGGGGCACACUAAGAGGAGCACAUGGGCAGAAAGAAAAAUUUUGGAUUGCUGCCAAUUCCUGGGGAAAGUCCUGGGGAGAGAAUGGCUAUUUUAGGAUUCUUCGAGGAGUAAAUGAGUCUGACAUUGAAAAGUUGAUUAUCGCAGCUUGGGGCCAGCUGACAAGUGCAGAUGAACCAUAGCGUAUCAUUAAAUUUCCAUCAGGCCAAGCGUUCAAGUCACCCUUUAAAUUGAAAUUGAGCCAUGUGAGCUUCUCUGUGACAGUGCAAUCUUUGCCUUGUCCCCUUGUCAUCACAACCUGCUUGUUUUCUUUCUCACCCCAGGCCCUCAGCUCCCAUUUCCUUUGUGUCACCGAGUAUGUAAAACCACUAACAGAGGACUGAAGAGGGACUAAAUGCCUUUUAAAUUCCCUAGUAGUCUUCAUUUCCCUCGCAUGACAAUGUUCUUUUUGACUUUGAUCACUUGCAAACAGUGUGAUGACAUUUGUUUUAAAAGUUCAUAGCAUUUGUUUGUGGAAAUGAUCCGGUCUCUCUCUUUGAACAAUGAGGAUGUCAGACAACAAAAAGCACUGAAAACACCGGUUUGCCAUCAUUUGCAAUUUUUUUCUACCCAACAAUGUUUUCUUAAUUCUGACAUUGCUUAUGAUUUGCUAAAAAGCAGUGGAAAUAUAUUGUUUCUCUCAGUAAUCUCA